UGCUGUUUUGUUUGGUGUAAGAUGCCCUUAACAUUUGCGAUUCUCCCUCCACGCCACCUCUUUAAGAGAGAACGUCUUGAGCCAAUUUAGCAAUUUGCGUUAUUCGCAGUUAGUUCCGACGACGUCCUACGCCACACGGUCAGCCGGUGGCAGGUUUUCGCGAAAAUCCAACGGCGUUAUGUCUGGUCGUCCCGGUGGCUAUAUCUACGGCCCCGUUUCCUCCUGCAGGUACCACCACCACCAUCAUCAUAGCGGUCAGUAUCAGUGUGCCGACGGUACCGUUCAUAUGGCACGGUAGAUAUUACCUACCGAUAGUGCUGCGAGACGCGGCGGCGUUAUGACGCGGGUACUAUCUUUGAAGGUGUUUACGUGUUUAAAGCAAAUCAGCGACUAAAUGGUAUCCGCUCCGGAGAACCACUCGCCCCAUGGCAUGGACAACUUCGGCUUCCAGCAGGAUUCCACCUGCACAAACCGCAAAAAGCUGGGCCGAUCUGUCAGCGUGAACGCUGAGUCCAGUUUCCCCCUAUACCGCUCGUGUAAAACGUUACCUAGAUGGCGUUGCCCCAAGGACGAUCCCGAGACAGUACUCGAGGAGGAGUAUCCCUCCGACGAUUUCGAGUACAUGGAGUGUGGGCCCUCCCCGCCCGCAGAUCAUACGCCAAAUAUCUACGAGAGCUUCGAGGAGUUUUCUACCAACGCAGACCUGACGGUGCAGAUAUGUCACGAUACCAUCAAGAUGAACCUCCUGGAGCACAUGAAGCUAUCGUCGGGCAGGCACCAUUUGCUGGACGAUAUAGAGAGCAAGAAAACGGUUCCGGAUAACCUGGACGCAACCUUUUGUGGUGCUAGUAAACUAGAAAUCAACAUUUCGUUCCUGUGGGCUGCAUUUAUGAGGAGAUGGGAUCUACUAGAAGGCCUCCUGAAGCUUGACGCCAAUUUGAAAUACUACGAACCUACUCAAGGGUUAAGCGCACUACACUUGGCUGCCUUCAGCGGUUGUACCCAAGGAACCCAAUUCCUUAUUUCCCGCGGCUGUGACGUCAACGCCAUUUUUAAAUGCUACGCUCCUCUACAUUGCGCUGCUUUCGGAGAUUCUCCUGAUACCGCAAUCAUCCUCCUAAAUAAUGGCGCCAAAGUACAAGCGUUGACCAACUGCCCGCACAGUUGUCACGAGAGUGUGCUUCAUUGUGCUGUCAGAGCAAACGCCAUCGCUUGUGUUAGGCUUUUCACGCAAGAGGGCGCUGAUAUCGGUCAAGCGGAAUACUCUGGGAUCUCUUCUAUACAUCUAUCAGCCGAUUUGGGACACGCGCAGUGUUUGAAGAUCCUUCUGGAGCCGAAAACAUUCAAUGUCAACGCGAGGACUAAGGAGAAAGAGAUGAGUCCUUUGCAUCUUGCUGCAGAAAGUGGAUAUGUCGAAUGUGUGGAGAUUUUGUUGGAGCAUGGAGCGGAUGCUAACUUGCGCAACCACAGAGCGCAGACGCCGCUCCACCUAGCGGCCAGAGCGCAAGCUUUCGAUUGCGUGGAAGCACUGUUGACUAAAGGAAAUGCAAAUCCUAACGUUGGGGACUGUGAUAAGAGGACUCCGUUACAUGCAGCUGUUGGCAAGGCAGCUAGAUCGUAUGAUAUCAUAGAAAUCCUUAUCAACUAUGGAGCAGACGUCAAUGCUAGAGAUCAAUAUGGAUAUACUCCAUUACACAUUGCGGCGUUAAACGAACUAUCACAGUGCGUGGAAGUGUUGAUAUAUCAUGGUGCAGAUGUUACAGCUAAGUCAAAGUUUGGAAUGACUGCUUUGGGGAUAAUCACUAGAAAAACACCUGCUUCCCUAGCGAUGGUAACGCAAAAAUUGGACUCUGCUAUCACUCUUCAUCACCAUCCAGAGUCUUCGAACAGAGAAGUCGAGUUGAGGCUAGAUUUCAGGGGUAUCCUUCAAUAUUGCCACCCAAGGGAAAUCAGUUUUCUGAAUAGCUUUGUUGACGAAGGGCAGAAGGAAAUUUUACUGCAUCCGCUGUGUUCAGCUUUCCUCUAUCUAAAAUGGGAGAAGAUAAGGAAAUACUACAUAGCCAGGAUGUUGUUUUGUUUCAUAUUCGUCUUGAGUUUAUCUUUAUACGUAUUGACAGCGCUAGCGCAUAACUGUUACAACCACGGGAAGAAUAUGAACGAUACUCAGCCUCAGAAUGUGAUAGAACUGUGCGAGAAGAAAUCUAUGAUGGGACAUAUGUUGAGGAACAACCCGUUUGUGAUCGAAAUGCAGUGGUUCGUUUUGGUGGGAAUAACGUGCUGUGAAAUUCUGAGGAAGGUGUAUGGAAUUGCUGGGUAUCCUACUGUGAAACAGUAUCUUUCACAUCCAGAAAAUAUCAUCGAGUGGACUGUUAUAGCUAGUGUAUUUGUUAUAUCUUUUAUUUACACAGGCAGAACAUACACUUGGCAGAAUCAUGUCGGCGCUUUUGCAGUGUUAUUUGGUUGGACAAAUCUGAUGUUGAUGAUAGGCCAAUUGCCCGUGUUUGGUUCUUACGUUGCUAUGUACACCCGAGUUCAGGGAGAGUUUGCCAAGUUACUACUCGCGUAUUCUUGUUUGCUGAUAGGUUUUACGAUAAGUUUUUGCGUUAUCUUCCCAGAUUCUGCUUCAUUUGCUAAUCCUUUCAUAGGUUUGAUCACCGUCAUGGUAAUGAUGACAGGCGAGUUGAAUCUGGAUCUCUUAGUGGAUGAUGACCCAGAAGAUCCUCCUUUUCUAUUGGAGGUCAGCGCACAGGUGACGUAUAUCCUGUUCCUACUUUUCGUGACAGUGAUUUUGAUGAACCUGCUUGUUGGUAUCGCCGUUCAUGAUAUACAAGGACUUCAAAAGACGGCAGGAUUAUCAAAACUCGUGAGGCAGACCAAGCUGAUAUCCUACAUGGAACUAGCGUUGUUUAACGGGUAUUUGCCUCAGUACCUGUUGAAUCUGUUGCAUUGGACGGCGCUAGUGUCUCCCAAAGCGUACCGAGUAGUUUUGAACGUCAAACCGUUGAACCCAAGAGAAAAACGAUUGCCGAGAGACAUUCUAAAAGCAGCUCAUGAAAUAGCGAAGAAACGCAAACAUUUCGGUCACACGAUAUCCUCGCAUGGGAGUGGCUCUUAUACUCGGAAAGCACAGACAAACAAUAAUAUUGACGUGAAUAGCGAAAUUUUAGAAUACAAUACCACGCUGCCAUUGUUACAGAGUAAAGUUGACAAAAGCAUGGAACAUAUCGAACAUCUGACUAAAGAGAUAAGGGAAUUGAAACAUACGCUAGACGCGAAUCAAAAAAUGGUAGAGCAACUAUUGAAUGUUGUUCUACAGAGUAGAAGAAGUAGCAAGUGCUGAUAGAAUUCUGUGAUCUUUUAAAGCUGUAUUUAUGAUUAUUUGUUUAUAGAGAUAUUUUCAUUUUGGCCAUCUAAAACUUGAAAGUUGAGUGGUCAUUUCGUUAUAUCCUGAUUUGGGAGUAUAGUGCUUUUCACGAUUUUUGGCGCAAACGUCAGCAAUGCCAUACAAAAUAACUAAGCAAAUCGACUAACUGAAUCAUGUGCGGAGCUGACGUUUCAUAGCAAAAUUGCACGUUGGGCAAACCGAUCUUAGAAGCAGCCGCUCAUAUUAAUUUAUUAACAAAGAACCGUUGCUUUAAUUUUACUUUUUCAAAAUACUCCAAUUAUUUUGGAAAAAACUAUCGAUAUUGCCCGUCGUAUUUUAGAUCAGGUACCGCGAUGCUUUGUAUUACGAAAAUAAAUAAGAGGUAAACCAAAACGGUUUUGAUUGAAUCCCAAAAAACACAUUUUCUCAUUUUCCCACAAAAAUUGCUGUACCCGUUUUGAGUCCAUGUUUUAAAUACCCCCUUGAACAACUUGCAUCAGUGAAACCAGACUUUACAAUUAUUUCGGGGAAAUUUUCGAGGUGGCGAGAUGAAUCUAAACCCUAUUUCACGAUGAUCCAUCACGUUUUGACGUCUAUUGAGGUGAACAACUGAUCAACAAGUAACAUCUAUCAUUAAUAAUGAAUCGCGUGUAAAUUUCGUAGAACUUGCUUGAAGCGUUUCAUUUUUGUAUGCAAAUGGCCUUUUCUAAAUAAAAGGGUUGUUAGCAAGUACAAAAUGAAUUUGUAGCGUAUAAAAAAUCAAAACAAAAUACGGCUGCGUCUACCUGGCGUUGGGUCCGUCAGAAUUAUGUGGCAUUUGUCGAUAUGGGGAAUUUUUAAAUAUUACUAGAUAAUCAGCUGUGGUUCUAUCGUAGUGGAUACUCGGCAAAACUACACUAAAGAACGCAUGUGUUUUAAAUGCUAAUAAAAAAUUGUCUUGAAGUUUCAAAACUAAUUUAUUGAAGCAAAAAUACACACAAUAUAGGUGGAUUUCAUGUUUUCAAAAUUAUAUUGACGAGGUACCCUCGAUUUCCGUCGAACAUUCCUGCAAUCCCGUGUUCAUCUGGUUAAAAACUGCUAAACAUAAUUCAGGUGUCAAGCUAUCAAAUUCUUGUAGUUGGGGUACCAAAGACUGCCGAAGUAUUGCACAAUAGCGAUCACUAGUUACAGUUUGGGCUAUGCCACGUUGGUUCUCAAAAAAGAACGGAGAAAUAAUUCCUGAAGCCAGCAUUGCACACUACACAGUUACUUGUGGGCUAUGUGGGGGCCUUUCUUGUUUUUGCCUUGGAUUCUCUGGUGCCCAAUAGCGACAAUUUUGCGUAUUAACUGCGCCUGAAAGGUGAAAGUACGCCUCAUCACUGAACAGAAUGUUGUUAAUUCGGUCGUUUUCAAAAAAGAACGGUUUAUCAUUGUUCCGGUGAAAGAACGACGGUUUAUAAAGUCAUCUGGGUUUAAUUCUUGCACUAUUUGGAUCACACCAGACCAACGCUUCAGUUUUACUAAAUAAUUCGCAUCGAUCCACUAACGAAGGACGCUACGUCGACCGCGCUAUCUUACACUGUUGCCAAGUUAUUCGAGUUUAAAAAGGGAAAUUUAUUCCUGGACACCUUGUAUAAAGGCAAUAUUGGUAGUUUUAGUGUGAUCCGCCAAAAACCCGUGAAUGAAGUAUGAGUUGGUAUGAACAUAAAUUUGGACAGCUGAAAAACCUGUCGCUAUAUUUUUUCGAGUUAACAACUAUUCAGAAUACAUUAUUAAAAUCUACAAGCUAGUAUUAUGUAAAAAUAGAACAAUACGAUGUCAACUUCCGGUAGUCUGAUGCUAUUUCAUUUCACAGUAUUAUAUGAAUUUACUAGUACAGUCUGAGAAAACCAAAAGUUUAACAGGCAACGUCAAAGGUUGCUUUCAAAUAAAGUAAUUUCAAAAUACUCUUCAAGGUCUUGUAGAGCCAAGAUUAGAUUUUAAUUCAGAUACUUGGCGUCCUCAAAAAUUAUAACUUUUAAUGGAGUCUUUAAGCAUUGAAUAUCCAUUUUUAUAGUUUUCCAGACAUUAAAUCGCGUAUAACGAAAAAAUGGUCUACUUAACUAGUAACUUAGUAAGUAGUGAUUCGUGGCGGCCUUUUUUCAGAUUGGCUCAAAAAAGUUAUGAAAUGUGUCCGGACAAAAAGGUGUUAUUUAUUUAAAACAAAUUUGAUCUGAGAUACCAUGCGGUACAUGCAGUGUUUAAAAAAUCGCUUAAAAAUUAUAGUUUCUGAGGUUGCCAAGUAUCCAACUUAAAAGUAAAACCUUACUCUACAAUACCCAGAGGUGCAUUUCAAGAUUAGUUAUUUUUAAAGCGAUUUUUAACCUUGUUUGUUAAUUGGCGAACUUCUGAUUUUCACAGACUGUGCAGGAUGAAUUCUUUAAUAUCCGCUUUGACGCUACCAUUGUGUUUGAAGGGAUAAUUUAGGAAUCAUAAUUUCUUAGAUUUUGAAAAUCAGGCGAUGAACAUUGAAGUCGAAUAUUUUCGGAAAAUUUGAUUAUUAAAUAAUGCACAGAAAAGUUAUAGCUACAUUUGGGUUUAAAAGGAUUGUCCUGUACACAAGCUAGUUGUUAUCUAUAAUACUCGAUGUAGAUCUUUUAUAAAAUAUAUAUAUUGAUAGCAGGUUUACAUUUUUAGAGAGACAUUUUUACUUGAAAAAUGCCAUUUAAAUAUGUGAUACUAGAUUUAGAUAAAAUAUGUUUUUGUUGCAUAGUUUUGUUAAAGCAAUAAAGAUGCUUAU